AUGGUUUUAUGCUCGUCACAGUCUCAGCCCACCUGGUGGCAGGUACCGGUACUACAGCUGGGAUUUAACACGCAGCCUGUAUCCAAGUAAAUUAAAAUACCAGCAUGUAAAUGAGCUGAAGUGAUCCAGAGUUCUGGUGCUGCUCGUCUACGGCCCGGUAAUCAGUGGAGCCACUUUGACUCAUGAGUUUGUGUUUUCAGUGACUUUAGAGACGACAACAGUUCCUCCUCACCGGGUCAGAUCAUGAGGUCUCAGAGGACCAUCCUGGUCCAACAGAACAACUACCUGAGGUCAGCAGAACCGUGA